UUUGUGUACAGUUUACAGAGUCCCCUGGAGCUGAAUUCAGAUCAGCACUAAGAGGGGUUUAAGCUCUCUCUGCCUCAUGUGUUCAAUCCCGCCUCCUGUAAGGAUCUCACAUAGUAAAAUGGCUGAAAAGCAGAAACACGAAGGCAGGGUAAAGAUAGGACACUACAUCCUCGGAGACACGUUGGGAGUCGGGACAUUUGGAAAAGUGAAGAUUGGAGAGCACCAGCUAACAGGACAUAAAGUUGCCGUGAAGAUCCUCAACAGGCAGAGGAUCCGCAGUCUCGAUGUCGUGGGGAAAAUCAAAAGAGAGAUUCAGAACCUUAAGCUCUUCAGACAUCCACACAUCAUCAAGCUGUAUCAGGUGAUCAGCACUCCCACAGACUUCUUCAUGGUGAUGGAGUAUGUGUCUGGAGGGGAACUCUUUGACUAUAUUUGUAAGCAUGGAAGGGUGGAGGACACAGAGGUCCGACGUCUUUUCCAGCAGAUCAUCUCAGCGGUAGAUUACUGCCACAGACACAUGGUGGUGCACAGAGACCUCAAGCCUGAAAAUGUUCUGCUGGAUGGCAACAUGAAUGCCAAGAUCGCUGACUUUGGUCUGUCGAACAUGAUGUCAGAUGGAGAGUUCCUGAGAACGAGCUGCGGAUCACCGAACUACGCUGCACCAGAGGUCAUCUCAGGAAGGCUGUAUGCUGGUCCAGAGGUGGACAUCUGGAGCUGUGGUGUCAUUCUCUAUGCACUGCUCUGUGGGACUCUGCCGUUUGAUGACGAGCACGUGCCCACACUCUUCAAAAAGAUCCGUGGAGGGGUCUUCUACAUCCCAGAAUACCUCAACCGCUCCGUGGCCAGUCUACUUAUGCUCAUGUUGCAAGUGGACCCACUAAAGAGAGCUACUAUCAAAGACAUCAGAGAGCAUGAGUGGUUUAAGCAGGACCUUCCUUGCUACCUCUUCCCUGAGGACCCCUCGUACGACGCCACAGUGGUGGACGAGGAGGCCGUGCGCGAGGUGUGUGAAAAGUUUGAGUGCACUGAAGCUGAAGUACUGAGCAGCCUCUACAGCGGAGACCCUCAGGACCAGCUGGCCGUGGCGUACCACCUCAUCAUCGACAACCGCCGCAUCAUGAACCAGGCCAGCGAGUUCUACCUGGCCUCCAGUCCCCCAACCAGCUCCUUCAUGGAGGAGGGCAUGCCUCUGCCGCCAGGGGUCAAAGCUCACCCCGAACGGAUGCCCCCGCUCCUGGCCGACAGCCCAAAGGCACGGUGUCCUCUGGACGCCCUCAACACCACCCGACCCAAACCGCUGGCGGUAAAGAAAGCAAAAUGGCACUUGGGCAUACGGAGCCAGAGCAAACCCUACGACAUCAUGGCUGAGGUUUAUCGUGCCAUGAAACAGCUGGAGUAUGAAUGGAAAGUGGUGAACCCCUAUCACCUGAGAGUGCGACAGAAGAAUCCUGUCACUGGGAAUUUUGUGAAGAUGAGUCUGCAGCUCUACCAGGUGGACAAUCGGAGCUACCUGCUUGAUUUCAAGAGCAUUGAUGAUGAUGUGGUCGAGCACAAGUCAGGGUCGUCGACUCCCCAGCGCUCUGGAUCUACGGCUGGCCUCCAUCGACCGCGGCUCAGCAUCGACUCUGCGAGCGUUUCUGUUGAGAUACCCCAGCUGAGCAGCUCUCUGCCGGGCUCUCUGACCGGGAGCACACCUCUGCUGGCUCCGCGGCAGGGCAGCCACACCAUGGACUUCUUCGAAAUGUGUGCCAGUCUCAUCACUACGCUGGCUCGCUGAGACCCUCGCACACCAUCAGCUGAUGGUCUUUACCUCUUUACAGUCAAAAGGUCAAGGGUUAAGGGUUGUGAUUUUUGGAGUUGGGGUGCUUUUAGGUCAGUCCUGCAGUAGCGACACAAACAUACGGUACCUAAAGAGUUUUUGGACUGACCUACAAGUGUAUGAAAGUCAUUGCAUUAGUUAACCUAUGAUAAUAUCAAAGUUAUCAGCAAACAAGUAAUCAAUUAAAUGGUUAGUUCACCCAAAAAUGAAAAUUGGCUCUUCCAAGCUUUAUAAUGGCAGUGGGCGGGAGUUUCUGUUCAACAGUCCACAAGACGUCAAAUAAAGCGUGUGCAUCCGCAGUAAAACAUGCCUCACAUGGCUCCACGGGGUGAAUAGCGAAUCCAUGCGUCUUUGUGAGAAUUUACUAAAUAUCUUUAUGGAAUAUGAUCUUUACUUACUUGCUACAAAUAUAUCCAUGCAAAUUAGGACAUAUUUAAAAAUAAUGUAAGACAUUGCUUAGGCUUUCAGUGAAAUAAUGACAAAUUAUACAUUUUAUUAUUCAUUUGAAUUUGAAUGAUUAUUAUUUGAAUGAUAAAUUCCGAUUAUAUUCCAAUGAUGUUUGACAGAAUCAGAGACAUUUUUUUAUUUAUUUUUUUGUUUUGUGAUUUUAAACCCUCUUUGGAUUAAAUUUUUUUUUUUUAUCUAAUGCAAUGACAUUCAUUUGUUCCAAAACCUUUUUAGGGCCGCUUUAACCAGAAGUUCUCCUCAACAUCAUUAGUUUAAAUAAUUGAAAAACUAUAAACAUACUGCUGAUUUUAUAUACACAUUUUUUGUUGUUGUUGGUUUUUACAAUAUGUAUUAUACAGUAUAUUUGUAUUCUCAUAUCAAUCACUUGAGCUGUAUAGUUUAGUUGAAUAGCUAUUGAUUGCAAUGACAUACCAAAAAUAAGUUUAUGCAUUCAGCGCAAAGAUCAUAAUUUAAUUGUAUUAGAGAUUCUUGCUUAUUUUACAAAGAAUUCAUAUCUAACAUUUUAUUUAAGUGGUAAUUUAUGGAGUGAAGAACUUGAGUGUUGUGGGUUUGGUUUGCAGUCUCCAGAGAGCGUUUAUCAAAGAGCAGUGUAACUGCUGUUGCUGUAUGUCACAGUGGAUCUCUGAUGAUACACGCCAUCUGCAGUGGAAAAGCCUGACCUCGACCUAUCUGUGUCUGUCUCAGAGGCCUUGCUUACAUCAUGUGCUGUGCUGCUGCCAUAAAAAGACAAACAUGCUGGAUGAAGGCAGACCGAGCAGCCAAAAAGCUUCAAUGUUGUGCCUUGAUAUGGCUAAAAUGCAAACAGAAAAGAAUAGAGACAGAUGAAGCAGAGAAUGUGCCAGUCGUUUUGUUGAUACGCGUGAGCCUUUAAUUAGACGGCCUUAAAAUAUUCCCAAUGCUUGAGAUUACAGACAGCCAGGAAGACCUUAUUGAAGCAUUCAUCGUGAAUGACACAUACAGCUUUAUUCAAUUCAUUUAUGCUUUUAGAACCUAGAUUUUAAUACAUUAAUAUAUUAAAAAAUAUUUUAUGAAUCAUCAGACAAAAUUGUUUAUGUAUUAAAAUACAUAUUUUAGCAAUCAAAAUGUAAUAUAUCCAGUAUGCAUUAUUAAAGGAUUUAGCUCAUAAUUAUUUUAAGUUUUUAUCAAUUUCAUUCAUAUGGCUGAUACACACACACACACACAAAAAUCUGUUUGGGGUAGGUAGGCAAUAUUUUUUUAUGUUUUGAAUGUUUCUCCUGCUUAUCAAGGCUGCAUUUAUUUGAUCAAAAAUACAGUAAAUGUAAUGUAUUGUUAAUAUUAUUACAAUUUAAAAUAACUGAUGUGAAUUUGCAAAUUGUAAUUUAUUUCUUUGAUGCAAAUGUGAAUUUGCGACAGCAUUCAGCAGGAAUAUGAUGAUUUUUGGUUUAAGAAACAUUUCUAAAUUAUUAUCAAUGUUGAA